AUGGCGCUGUAUGGAGCUCCGGUAUGGGCACACCGGAUAAAUUCAAAAAAUAAGGCCCUUCUCCGGAGACCACAAAGGGUGGUGGCUAUCCGGAUGAUCCGGGGCUAUGUGACGGUGUCAUGGACAGCGGCAUGCGCCUUGGCGGGUACGUUGCCAUGGGAGUUGGAGGCUCAGGUGAACGCCGACGCGCAUAGGGAGAGGGCCAGGUGCAGGGCCCUAAAUGAAUUUCCUGCACCCGAAGAACUGCGGAGGGCGCGUCAACAAGCGCACGAGCGGAUGCAGCAAAGGUGGAAGGAGGACCUGGAGAACUGUCGCUAUGGAGCUCAUACCAUAGCGGCACUCCUCCCAUCCUUCAGUCCUUCAUGGAGUGGCUGGGGAGAUCCUAUGGGACCGUAA